ACAACUCAUUUUGAAAAAUUUUAGUAUCCAACUCUGUGGGACAGAACAGUAAAACAUGUAUUGGACAGAUAAGUUGUGCAUCAAGAUGCUGUUCAUUUACUAAAAAAUCUGUUGUUUUGUGAUAUACUGCUAAACCUUAAAUCUCCAGUUGACACCUGAUGGAGGAAACUCAAGCUGUAACAAUGCUUCAAAGACCAAAUAUAAAACCAUUGCAACUAAAUCGUUUAUCUAAUGGCCAUUUAAAUGAUAACGGAGGUCAUACUUUUAACAACAAAGACCAGAAUCACAACGCAAACACACUGAAAACAAAUCGUGUCCUAAACAUUGACAUGGCUGAAUGCUCAGUCAGACCAAACUGUAAAAAUUACAGUAACAGCAACAACAGAAACAAAAACAGAACGCUCAGGCGUUCAAGAAGAACACAGCCAGCUGAUGAAGAAAGUCCAUCUAAAAUACAGCCGAAAGAACAGAAUGAAACCGAAAGUGAAGAAUCGAAGUCAAUCGGGAAUGUUAAGAGUGAGGGAAAUGAAAACAUGAACCGUGUACAACGGGAAAGCAUAGGUUGCAAAGAUGUUGUUAUUCUCAACUCAGAGGAAGAUACUGAAGCUGUUUUUGAACUUCGUAAACAGUUGCUGGAUCUUGACAUUCCAGAGCUGACGGUUGACAUUUUUGAUAAUAUUCAUCUUGGAAAAAAUGAAAUGGAGAGCAUAAGGUUGGUAAGUCAAGAAUAUACAACGGCCUUAGUGUAUGAAACACACAAUUUUUGCCAAAAUGAAAUCAGAUGUCAUCAAGCUGAUAUUCUAUAUACAUAUGCUUUGAAAACAAAUAUAAAAGUUAUACCUGUUUGGGCAGAAAACUCGUUGCCUCGCUUUACUGGCAUUAAAGGAAUACAAUUAGGGAAGAAGAUGUCAGUAUUUUCUGAUCAAGUAAAAGGUCUGGUCAUGGCUGGGAGGAAGCAGUUAGUGUUUUAGAGACCUGAAAAAUUAGAACUUAUUUUUUCAACUUAAAAACAAUCUAGAUUCUAGUUACUAAUUUAGCAAAGAAUAUUUAAUGUGUAUUGUUGAAAAUGUUUUCUUCUGCGGAAACUCCCCUAUACAUCAAAAAAAAAAAAAAAAAAAAAAAUGGGGAAGGGAAUAACGAGUAAGUAGGGGGAAAGAAAAUUACAAGAAAGUAUGGACGCUGCAUGAAUGAUUUUAAUCAUGAAGAUAUUGCUUAGUUAAUUUAAAUUCAAUAUAUUGAAAAAGCUUUCACAUGUAAUGGGGAAAGUAACUGCUAUUUUAUGAAAAACAAAACUAUCUUAUACAUUGACAUUUCAUUUACCAGAAAUGUGACGUGUAGACGUGUUUUUCUUCCAUGAAACAUGUUUCUAAAUAUAAUAUGCAUAUUUCAUAUUUAAUCAGUAGGCAAUGUUUUCACUUUCAAUUACUAAAUAUCGAGGAAUAUAUUUCUUGCAAUAAAUUUCAUCUGUCUAUCAACAUAAAAGUCUGCUGAAUUUGUGAUUUUGCGGAAUGCGAUCCUUAUUGAAUUCGUGGAAUGCAAUCUUAUUCUAUUGAAUUCGCGGAAUGGGAUUCUUAUUCUGUUGAAUUCGCGGAAUGUGAUCCUUAUUCUAUUGAAUUCGCGGAAUGCGCUCCUUAUUCUAUUGAAUUCGCGUAAUGCGAUCCUUUUUCUAUUGAAUUCGCGGAAUGCGAUCCUUAUUCUAUUGAAUUCGCGGAAUGUGAUCCUUUUUCUAUCGUACUCGCGUUAUCCUUAUUUAAUCUACAUACAAAUGCUUAAUGUACAGCAGGGACAUGUUGUUUAAAAGGCUCUCAUUUAAACUUGAAAGCUGAAAUUAAAAUAUUGGAUCUUUUUAAGGACUGACAAGUAAAUAUUCUAGCAAAGCAAGUUCAGUCUAUUAUAUUUCUCCUAAAUUUAAAUAAAUGCUUAUAAUCCUUACCACCACUGAUAUUGAUAACUCCGGGUCAUAGAAUAAAUUUCUAUUGUCACAUCAUCAAACAAGUAGGAAAAUGAUAUAAAAUGCUUUCCUUUCUCCUCAUAUUUUCAACUAAAAGAUUAUUUUCUUUUUUUAAGUAUUGCAAAACAGUUUAAAAAACAUUUAUGCAGUGUAUGGGGGAUGGGGUGGGGAACAUCUGGUUCUUGUAUCCCGAAGCGUGCUCGUCGCGAACCAGGCAUUUGGAAGAACAAGAAGUUGUCUCCCUUGAGACUUCACUUGUUUUUUCUUGACUAAUAUCGGGAACAAUUCUUGCGGCAUAAUCUGUUCUGCAAUCAUGUUUCUUUUUUGUCGUCUCGUUGCGUAUAAAUUAACAAUAUACAUAAUGUAUAUGCUUUUAAGGAGAGGAUUUUUGUCUGUUCAGAAAUAUGAAUUAGCUACAGUCUGUCAAACUGACAACAAAAUUUACAUCAAUUUGUACAGCUGCUUGGAGAACGACAAUUGAUGUUUUUCUUCGAUUCUCUUGCUUUGGAUCUCUGCUAUUAAACGUUUUGACUAUUUUGACACUUGAUACAUACAUUUUUAUGUAUAUCCUUACAUUCACUAGCACAUAUUUUUUUCCGUGUAUUUUUUAUGAUUUAUUAGUUUGUUUAUAACUUAUGUGGUGUAAAUCGAUAUAUAUGUUGUCGCAUUAUGUGUACCGUAAGCUUUUCUAAUGUGUAUCUUGCAUAUUUUGCGAACACGCUGAAAAAUUAUAGCUCAAAAAUAUUUGCACAGCUUUGGAUCUGCGAAAAAAUAAAAGAAAUACCAAUUAUUUUAUAUCUAAUAAUUGUUAUGGUUAUUCAGCAGCUUUUGUCUCUAAUACAAGUUUAUUUUUGUUAAUAAUUAAAAUGUUUGCAUUAUCUUGUAAAAUCUAAUUUAACACGCUAACAAUGCUAUACUUAUCAUUAUAUUGUGAAAGGUUGGUUGAUGCCUCAAUGUAAUUACUGCUAACAGAAUAAUUUUACAUUAAUUUACAUUUUUAUUUGUCCAAUUGUGCUGAAUGUUAUGUACGUAAAAGAAUCUCAUGUUGAACUUCAGAAGAUGUGUUCAGUCGAUAUCUAGCAUUUUUAUAUUUCAGUAUUUAUUUUUACAUAUAUUUGUAUGGUUUAUUUUACACUUGUUAUGUUUUAUUUAUAAAUCAAUUUUGCAAACUGUUAAGGUAGUGGACCCGCAAUGACAAUCGGCAAUUUUCGUUCGUUUACGUAUUCUCCAGUGAAAGUUCGGCAUUCUGCGGUUCUAAUGAAAAUGAUUUUGUAACAUGAUGUAGGAAUGCAAAAAAUGCAUUACGAUGAUAUACGGAAAUUGCCGAUUGUCACUACAGAUCAGUUACCUUAAAUAAAACAAUUUUGUAAAACAUGAUAACACUUAUAUGACAGAUUUUCGUAUGAUGUACAGGUUUGAAUGUCUUAUACCAUACACAGAUUUAUCCUACCCUCAUACUAGAUAUAGAACAAAUUCGAUCUGCCUGAUAAACUUUGCUUUACCUGGUCAGUGUCAAGAUAUCACUUUAACGAGAACUUUUUAAAUCACAUAUGUCAUCAAAACUUGCAUUGAAACCGUCACCACUGUAUUGGAAAUGUAUGAACUUCGAAAAUGAGUGGUCAAAUCAUAAGUUUUUAUCCAGAGACAAAAAAGUUAUUGUUAUUUUUCACUUUUACAACACUUAAGCUGGAAAUUUUGAAAACACCCUUUUUCUGAAUUUUUCAUUGAAACCAUUUAAAUUGUAUUGAUAAUGUUCUAAGAAAAUAAGUAGUAAUUUAUCCAGAAACAAAAAACUUUUUGCAUUUUUUCAGCUUUAUCCACAAAUUUAAUUGCACUUGCAAACGUUAUACAAGACGUCAGUCUGCACUCUGAACAGUUCUUUUCAACACCUUUUUUCCCAAUUUUCUGAGCAGGUAGGAUAAAAAGAAUAUUAGAUUACUGUCUGAAAAAUCUAAAUUUAUUAGGCUCGUCUACGAAAACAUAUAAGGCUCGACAGAGCCUCGCCUAAUAUAUUUUCUUCAACACGCUUAAUAAAUUUGAAUUUAUCAGACAAUUACAUUAUAUUCUCUAUUUUCAAAUGAAUAACACAUGUUAUGUUUUAUUUCAAAUUUUGACCUAGUUACAAAGUUUUUAUGAAUUCGUUCACUUCAUGUAUAACCUUAAAUGCAACGCAAUAUUAGUUGUUUGCUGAUGUUGUUACAAACUCAAUACACAGUCUAUUUGUAUUACUGUUUAUUCUUUUUCAUAAUUGUUGUUUAUAUACUUUGAUAGCAAAUGCAAUAUUUAAAAUGUUAUAAACUCAAGUUGUUUUGGAAAAUAAAAUAUUAAACUGUUA